AUGGUCAAUGCUAAUACACAGCUUUAUAAAAAAGCCACCACCUUUGAAAAAUGUCCCACUUAUAUAGCCGACCCACUUACCGUCACAAUUUCACCUGAUCCUUUCGUUCUUGGUAAACCCAAUACAUUUACCAUUUCCGGUAAAUUAUCAGCAGACAUCAAUAAUCAGACCGUAGUUGAGAUUUCAUUCGCUGAUAAGUUUGAGAGUCUCUUGGAACCAAUGUCCACGUCUCCAGUUUGCACCCAAUGUCCAAUUUCAGCUGGAAGUCAAUUUAGUACGGUAGCAACAGUUAAUGUACCAGCGUCAUUACCUGAUAUAUAUAGCGUUAUGAUUGAGAUAACGGACCGACUUAAUCAACCCCCAAAGCUUCUUGGCUGUGCUUACUAUAUCAGUACCUCCACUACUAUUACUACUAGCGCUAGUUCUAGUGUACCAACUAAAACGGCAAGUGGUUAUCCUACUGCUGCAACCUCUGGGAGCGAGAAAAUCGAACGGA